AUGGACUUGGUGGCUGCCGCGUGGCUGUUCCGGAACAAGUCAGCUUUUGCAAAGUUGACGGUUGAGUUGGCGAUGAGACCCCAGGAAAGCUUUACUUGGUUUUUGGAGGAUAGACUACUGGAACAGGCGAUGCCCGAGAAGUUUUGGAUCCUUCUCAUCGACCGCACUGCUCGCCUCCGCUCCAAUCUUCUCGAACUCAUUUACAUCCUUGGACAGGCAAAUAAAACUGGUGGCAUAUUCACUCCUGCGUGCAAUCAUCCUUGGCACUCUUUUGAUGAUUACCAACAGCUUUACAAACAGUUCGGUUCUGGCAGGGUCAGACCCUCCGGUAACGGAUACCCGCCCAUUGAUCUUGUGUUAGGGAUAGAGACAGUCAACAAGCACGAGAGGAUGUGUCCUGGCUGUGUGUGCGGGAAUCGGGAACUGGAUCCUCAGGCUGCCCAAGAGAAGUUGGAGAGAAUCAAAGAGGGGGUCAGAAUCUGUGUGGAAUGUGUAGAGAAACCGGUCGAAAUGGUGUGCAGUCAUAUGAACUGA